AUGAGCGCCCAAGCUCAGCCGACUGCGCAACUGAACGGCACAGACGGACCGCAAUCAAGUGGUCUCAAUGGUGGCUAUGGGGCCACUGGAUCCGUAGCCCCGAGAGCGGAGGGAACGCAAGCUGCGCAGGAACCUUUGAGUUCCAUGGAGGAAUCGCGGCUCCUGGAUGCUCCGGCGUCUUCUACCAGUCGACCACCAGCCUCGCUGGAGGCCACAGCCAUGCAGGGCCAGGUGGAGGCAACGAUGCCACCAACGAUCUCUGACCUGGGUGGCAGACCUGGAGCUGGAAUAGCGGCGGCAGGCGAGGAGACGGCGGCUACAUAUGAGUUUUUUACCCCGCGGUCAAGAGGAGUGGGGAAUAUGGGUCAAAGUAAUUGGAUGGGCGUCAUGGAAGGACUACCACGAUGGGUGAGCCGGACGACCUUUCGUUCUGAGGUCCCCGCAGAGAUCUCGGCCUUUACCACUUCCGCAACCCAGCACUCCGCCAUCGAGCUCAGUCACGGCGGUCUGUUGAGCAAUCUAGCCCUUGUGGACGAUCAGGUCAUGGCGGGCUACUGGGUAAUCCACGAACGGCUUCUUCAGGUCUCGGGAACCAACAAGGAGGUUAUACCGGAGUCCCUACAUCAGUGGAACCAGCCUCAAGCAGCGCUAUGCCUCCUAGUCCCGAGCAUCCUCCUGAGCCCCGAGGUCUUUUGCGAUCACUACUUGGAGGUCCUCGACAACGCGCAAAGGGCAGAGACUCCUAUGCUGGAAACCAUAGCUCGAGGAAUGCAGCAACUUCAGCAACUACAAGCGCAGGCCCUUACAAAAGGCUCGACAUCGGGGCCAGCGGAAUCUCUGAAGGCCGGUACCACGAGUUUGGCACAAUUACCGGAUCACAAGGGAGGCGCUGAGGCAUCUCUUAGAUUCAGCGACUGGUUGGAAAUCACUACUACUGCGAUGACGGAUGUCAGCGAAAAGUCGGGCCAGUGGUGGGGAGCAGUCUUGAUGGUGGUUCGGGCCGCUUAUAGCCGAUGGCUUGCGGCAUCUCAUGGAAGGCAUGGGAGAGCUGUGUCAGGACCCGUGGAGCCGGAUGAAUGCGAGAGCUUGUACAAUGCUUCUGGGAUCAAUGCCACAGGAGAUCAGGGGCGACAUGGUGGCGCAGCAGUUGACUCAGAGGGCUCCAGCGAUGUUGUUUCGGCUGUUCAUUUGGUUCCAACCGGGCGGUUCGGCGGAGAGACAGGAAGUGCUGAAGAGGCUGCAGUCUCCGCAGGAGUAUCUCGCCGGCGACAGCGUGGAGACGGUUUUAGCAGAGGUCAGGAGUUGGCCGAGGUGGCUGAGCCGGUGCCGGACGAUGGGAAUGAGUCCACCGGACCCACUGGUCAUGAGCAGGGGGCUACAGGCCCUAACCGCGAAGUCGAUCAACUCGUCGGCCGAUGCAUCGUUCCGGACAAGCAUGCUGAGGUCGACCAACAGGUUGGACGGACAACCAACGCUGGAACAAGUUCAGGGAUACCAAAGACACCUACAGGCGGAGCUGGAGGCGAUCGCGGGGUCUCAGCGAGCUACACCAUCCCAGAGCACGGGGGUGGCUGUGAGAGCAAUGGACGCAUCUUCGCCUACGGCAUCGCCGAAAAGACCAAAGGGCCAGGAGAAGUACUUUGCAAAGCCGACUGGAUGUAA